UCAUAACAGUCCAGAAAACAGCAUUAAAAUAUUUUCCAGAACCGAAAGCAAUUCGCUCAGUUCAGCGUCUGCACUCGCCACAACACAACCACCGCUUGAUCCAGUCAAGAACCGCAGCGACUAUCAGCAACAUGACCGUCAAAGUUCAUAUCAUUUACUGUGGUGGAUGAGGGUACAGGCCCAAAUUCACCAAACUCAAGACGUUGCUUGAGGAUGAAUUCCCAGGCGAACUUGAGAUCACCGGUGAGGGCACACCCUCAACCACAGGCUGGUUUGAGGUGGAGGUAAACAACAAGUUGGUGCACUCAAAAAAGAAUGGAGAUGGAUUUGUUGACUCCGAUUCAAAAUUCAAAGCAGUUGUGACUGCCAUCGAGCAGGCCAUGGGGAAAUGAGCAUGAACUGAUCAUAGAGCAGUUUUUCUUCUCUGUUUGUUGGACUCCUGGGCAGUGCAACAAUGAUGGUGAUGUCCAAAGUGUUUUUAGCACGGACGUUGCUUGAUGCUCUUCGCUCUUCCUGGGAGAAGACACUCAGAGCAGGAAACUCCCUAUGAAUACUGCUUCAGAUAGACGCUUUAACGGUUGAAAAUAAUAAGGGAAAAUUAAAAGGGAAAUUAUAACAUUAGACAGAAUUUGGACAGAGCAUGUCAAGGUGAAGUACUUUUGAAUAGUUUUUUUGUUUUUCUCUCUGUUUGCCUCUGUUACAACGCACAGAAGUUUACUAACUAUUUUGGCAUUAUUCAAGAUUUUCAUGCAAUAAAAGAUGUUAAUGGUGAA